CUAUAUCCAAUUGUCACCGCAUCAUCAUAAUCAUCGUCCUUAUUUUUUUACCCAAUAAACUUCCAUUAAACUAUUUUCCCUUAGAGUCAAGAAUAAAAAAAAAGGAAAAUACUGUAACACAGAGCGUACACAACACAACAGAACAACACUCAUAACAUAAAUAAAACCCGUAACGAAAGCAAGGUCUGCCGUUGAACCAGUGGCAGCAGAAGACCAGGGGCUUAUUAUCUUCUUCAAAAGUUUUGGUCUUGUUGAAGGGUUUUAAGCUUCUCUCGGUUUUUUUUCUCCACAUUGUCUUUCAGUUCAUAUAUUAUUUAUAUAUAGAUAUACCCUUUUGUUUUUUCUGCAUUUGGUGUUGGAAAGCACGUAUUUUUGUGAAAGUUGUGGUGGAAAGCGUGGAGGGGAAGUGGCAAGAUCUUUCAUUUUGAUUGGGGGAGUAGCCGUUGGACGUGGUAGCAGUAGAUCCGGUUGCAAGCUGAGUUUUUGAUCCGAUCUCUCUCAGAAAUGGCUGCUGCUGCCAAUCCUGUAGUUGGGUCCCAUAUUUGGGUGGAGGAUCCUGAUGUGGCUUGGAUAGAUGGUGAGGUCCUUGAGGUUAAAGGAGAAGAAAUUAAAGUCCUUUGCACUUCAGGGAAGACGGUUGUUGUUAAAGCUUCCAGUAUUUAUCAUAAAGAUACUGAAGUCCCACCAAGUGGAGUGGAUGAUAUGACAAAGCUUGCAUACCUGCAUGAACCUGGAGUCCUAGAUAACCUGAGAUCAAGAUAUGAUAUAAAUGAAAUUUAUACUUACACUGGGAAUAUAUUGAUUGCUGUGAACCCUUUUAUAAAGCUCCCUCAUUUAUAUGAUAGCCAUAUGAUGGCACAAUAUAAAGGAGCAGCUUUUGGUGAGCUAAGUCCACAUCCCUUUGCUGUUGCAGAUGCAGCAUAUAGGCUUAUGAUAAACGAGGGAAUCAGCCAGUCAAUAUUGGUUAGUGGUGAAAGUGGAGCUGGUAAAACAGAAAGUACCAAGUUACUCAUGAGGUAUCUUGCUUACAUGGGUGGGAGAGUUGCUGUUGCUGAAGGUAGAACUGUUGAGCAAAAGGUCCUUGAGUCCAAUCCUGUUCUAGAAGCCUUUGGCAAUGCAAAGACUGUUAGGAACAAUAAUUCAAGUCGUUUUGGCAAGUUUGUGGAGAUUCAAUUUGACCAGAAGGGAAGAAUUUCAGGAGCUGCUAUAAGGACUUAUCUGCUUGAAAGAUCACGUGUUUGCCAGGUGUCAGAUCCGGAGAGGAACUAUCAUUGUUUCUACAUGCUCUGUGCUGCACCUCCGGAGGAUAUUAAAAAGUACAAAUUAGAAGAUCCAAGAACGUUUCAUUAUUUGAAUCAAUCAAAUUGCUUUCAGUUGGAAGGGGUUGAUGAAUCUAAAGAAUAUAGAGACACAAGGAGAGCAAUGGAUAUUGUUGGAAUAAGUUCUAAGGAGCAGGAUGCAAUAUUUCAAGUUGUUGCUGCAAUUUUACAUCUUGGCAACAUUGAAUUUGUCAAAGGGAAAGAAAUAGACUCAUCUAUUCCUAAAGAUGAAAAAUCUCGGUUUCAUCUACAGACUGCAGCUGAGCUUUUCAUGUGUGAUGCAAAGGCACUUGAAGAUUCUCUUUGCAAACGUGUAAUUGUUACUCGUGAUGAAACAAUUACAAAAUGGCUGGAUCCGGAAGCUGCUGCACUCAGCAGAGAUGCCUUGGCUAAGAUUGUAUACACAAGAUUGUUUGACUGGUUGGUUGAUAAAAUUAAUAAUUCUAUUGGCCAAGACCCUCAGUCAAAAUCCUUAAUUGGCGUGCUGGAUAUUUAUGGUUUUGAGAGUUUCAAGACUAACAGUUUUGAGCAAUUUUGUAUAAAUUUGACCAAUGAAAAGCUUCAGCAACAUUUUAAUCAGCAUGUUUUCAAAAUGGAGCAAGAAGAAUACAAAAAAGAAGAAAUUGAUUGGAGUUACAUUGAAUUCGUGGACAAUCAAGAUAUUCUGGAUCUCAUUGAAAAGAAACCUGGUGGCAUAAUAGCUCUUCUGGAUGAAGCUUGUAUGUUUCCUAGAUCUACACAUGAAACUUUUGCCCAAAAGUUGUAUCAGACCUUCAAAAACCAUAAAAGGUUUAGCAAGCCUAAAUUAUCACGUAGUGACUUCACAAUUUGCCAUUAUGCUGGAGAUGUCACUUAUCAAACUGAAUUUUUCCUCGACAAGAACAAAGAUUAUGUUGUUGCAGAACACCAGGCACUUCUUUAUGCUUCCAAAUGUCCGUUUGUAUCGGGCUUGUUUACCCCUUCACCUGAGGAAUCUUCCAAGCAAUCAAAGUUCUCUUCAAUAGGUUCACGAUUUAAGCAACAAUUGCAAUCCUUACUUGAAACUCUCAGUGCCACUGAGCCACACUACAUUCGUUGUGUAAAACCCAAUAACCUUCUUAAGCCAGCAAUUUUUGAGAAUAAAAAUGUUUUGCUGCAACUACGUUGUGGGGGAGUUAUGGAGGCAAUUAGGAUAAGCUGUGCUGGGUAUCCUACUAGAAAAGCCUUUGAAGAAUUUGUGGAUCGAUUUAGUCUUCUUGCACCUGAAGCAUUGGAUGGAAGUUCUGAUGAGGUCACUGCUUGCAAGAGGAUUCUAAAGAAUGUCGGACUUGAAGGCUAUCAGAUUGGUAAGACAAAAGUGUUUCUUCGAGCUGGUCAGAUGGCAGAACUAGAUACCCGUAGAAGUGAAAUCUUAGGAAAGUCAGCAAGCAUUAUUCAGAGAAAAGUUCGUUCCUAUUUGGCCCGCCAAAGUUUCAUCUUGCUUCGUUUGUCCGCCAUUUGGAUUCAAGCUGCUUGCAGAGGACAACUUGCUAGGCAAGUAUAUGAGGGAAUGCGGCAGGAGGCUUCUAGUUUGAUGAUUCAAAGGUGCUUCCGCAUGCAUAUUGCUAGGAGUGCAUACAAAAAAUUGUAUACUUCUGCUGUCUCUAUCCAGACUGGUUUGCGGGGGUUGGCUGCUCGUUGUGAGCUAGAUUUUAGAAGGCGGACUAAAGCAGCAAUUGUCAUUCAGAGCCACUGCCGGAAAUACUUGGCACGAAUUCAUUUCACAAAAUUAAAGAAGGCAGCAAUUACAACACAAUGUGCAUGGAGAGGAAAAGUUGCACGGCAAGAAUUGCGAAAGCUCAAGAUGGCUGCAAGAGAAACAGGAGCUCUCCAAGCUGCCAAAAAUAAGCUUGAAAAGCAAGUUGAAGACCUUACAUUAAGGUUGCAGCUGGAAAAACGUUCAAGGGUUGACAUGGAAGAAGCAAAAACACAAGAAAAUCAAAGAUUACAAUCUGCUUUGCAAGAGAUGCAACUUCAGUUUAAAGAAACUAAGUCACUUCUUGAAAAGGAGAGGGAGGCUACAAAAAGGGCAGCAGAGAGAGAGCCCAUCAUACAGGAGGUUCCGGUUGUUGACCAUGCUUUGUUGGAGAAGCUCAGUAGUGAGAAUGAGAAACUCAAGAACAUGGUGAGUUCACUGGAAAAGAAAAUUGAUGAAACGGAAAAAAGGUAUGAAGAGGCAAACAGAAUUGGCGAAGAAAGGUUGAAGCAAGCUUUGGAUGCAGAAUCAAAAGUAAUCCAGUUGAAGACUGCUAUGCAAAGGCUAGAAGAGAAAUUCAUGGACAUGGAAUCUGCAAACCAUAUUCUUCAGAAACAAUCUCUCCUAAACUCAUCUAUGAAAACAAUAGCAGAGCACCUGUCUUCCCCAGAGAAGUUAGAAAAUGGUCACCACGUGGCAGAAGAGCAGAAAGCUGAUGAUACAUGUGUCACACCUGUGAAACAAUUCGGUACAGAAUCUGACGCUAAAUUGAGGAGGUCUUACAUUGAACGACAACAUGAGAGUGUCGAUUCACUUGUCAACUGUGUUAUGAAAAAUAUUGGCUUCAAUCAUGGAAAACCCAUUGCUGCAUUCACCAUUUACAAAUGUCUGCUCCACUGGAAAUCAUUCGAAGCUGAAAGAACUAGUGUAUUUGAUCGCCUUAUCCAAAUGAUUGGUUUUGAAAUUGAGAAUCAAGAUGGCAAUGAUCAUAUGGCCUAUUGGCUGUCAAAUACAUCUGCGUUGUUGUUUUUACUUGAACAAAGCCUGAAAUCCGGGAGUUCAGCUAAUGCUACCCCAGCUAGAAAACCACCUAAUCCAACAUCCCUCUUUGGAAGAAUGACUAUGAGUUUUCUUUCAUCUCCUUCUUCUGCCAACCUUGCUGCCCCUCCUUCAGAUGUUGUACGCAAGGUAGAGGCUAAGUACCCUGCUUUGCUUUUCAAGCAGCAGCUCACAGCCUAUUUGGAGAAAAUAUAUGGCAUCAUUCGGGAUAAUUUGAAGAAGGAUUUAACACCAGUUCUUGCACUAUGCGUCCAGGCUCCAAGAACAUCAAAGGGAGGGUUACGUUCUGGCCGAUCCUUUGCUAAAGAUUCCCCAAUGAUUCACUGGCAGAGUAUUAUUGAAUCUCUCAAUACCCUCCUCUGUACACUGAAAGAGAACUUUGUGCCUCCAGUUCUUAUCCAAAAGAUCUUCAGUCAAACAUUCUCAUUUAUUAAUGUGCAACUCUUCAAUAGUCUUCUUCUUCGGCGUGAUUGUUGCACAUUCAGCAACGGGGAAUAUGUGAAAGCUGGAUUAGCUGAAUUAGAGUUGUGGUGCUGCCAAGCAAAGGAAGAGUAUGCAGGGUCAUCUUGGGAUGAGCUUAAGCACAUAAGACAGGCUGUUGGAUUCUUGGUUAUUCAUCAGAAGUAUAGGAUUUCCUAUGAUGAAAUCAUCAAUGAUUUAUGCCCUAUCUUGAGUGUCCAGCAGCUGUAUAGAAUAUGUACACUUUACUGGGAUGGUAACUACAAUACUCGAAGUGUAUCUCCUGAUGUCCUUUCAAGCAUGAGGAUGCUAAUGGCUGAGGACUCCAAUAAUGCUCAGAGUGAUUCUUUCUUGCUGGAUGACAAUUCCAGCAUCCCCUUCUCAGUGGAAGAUCUCUCUACAUCACUGCAAGAGAAGGAUUUCUCAGACAUGAAACCAGCAGAUGAGCUUCUUGAAAAUCCAGCCUUCCAAUUUUUGAAUGAGUAGGCGUAGGAAGCUUAGUAUAAAAUGAGUUGUUGGUCCUUGCCAUUGGUGGUUGUAAAUGCCGUCUUAUUAUUCUUAUUUUCUCUUUACAUCUUUAAAGGAACUUGCAUCUUUUUGGCCAUAUCCCUGCUGUAAAGUUAUUUUUUCAUUCUUUUCUCAGCAUUCAA